AUGGCAGCAGAAGCCCAUUCGACCACUCCACGCAACGUCGUCUUCGUACACCCAGAUCUCGGCAUUGGAGGCGCAGAACGUUUGGUGGUUGAUGCAGCAGUUGGUCUGCAGUCACUAGGACACAAAGUGACCAUCCUCACAUCCUACCGGGACAAGAACCAUUGCUUUGAGGAAGCUCGCGAUGGAACCCUCGACGUACGAGUUCGCGGCGACGCCAUCUUUCCCACCUCCAUAGCUGGCCGUCUUCACAUCCUCUGCACCAUCCUGCGCCAACUCGCCCUUGUCGCUAGCGCGGCUCUCUUCUCCUCCGAGCUCAAGCAGAUCGACCCCGAUGUCUUCAUUGUUGACCAACUCAGCGUUUGCGUACCGUUCUUCCGACUCCUCUAUCCCAAGGCGAAGAUCUUGUUCUAUGGACACUACCCCGAUCGACUGCUGGCUAAGGGCGAGACGGGGUUGCGUGGGAGCUUAAAGAGACUGUAUCGGAUACCAUUCGAUGCGCUGGAAGGCUGGAGUACGGGGUGCUCGGAUGCUAUCGUGGUGAAUAGUAGCUACACAAGGAGUGUGUUCAAAGCGACUUUUCCGAGCAUGAAGGCGAGGGAUUUCAAGGUGAUAUAUCCGUGUGUGGACACUACCCAGGCUAGUGCGGUGCAGGCUAGCUUGCAAGGCCAGAGCGAGAAGAAGAUCCUGCUCAGUAUCAAUCGGUUCGAGGGCAAGAAAGCGCUCGAUCUAGCGAUCACGGCGUAUGCGAAACUCUCAGAUGAGGAGAGAAGUAAGGCGAGGCUUGUGCUUGCUGGUGGAUAUGAUCCGAGGAAUCAGGAGAACAGUGUCACGCACAAGCGGCUACAGGAACUGGCAGAUUCACUGGGUUUGAAGCACGCGACGUUCAGGAACCAGGACACAGCGUCGAUCGACAUGACUUCAGAGGACGUGGAUGUUCUCUUCCUCCUCUCGAUACCCAACGAGGCGAAGGUACGCCUACUACAGACCGCAGGCCUUCUUAUCUACACCCCAACGAACGAACAUUUCGGUAUCGUACCGCUUGAAGCCAUGCUCUUCGGCGUCCCUGUCCUGGCAGCAAACUCCGGUGGUCCACUCGAAACAAUCUACGAAGGCCGCACUGGCUGGCUGCGAAACCCCGAGCAAGUGGAGAAGUGGACGGAAGUCAUGCGCAAACCUCUUAUACCCUCGAGUGCAGAGACUUUGCGAAAGAUGGGAGAGCAAGGUCGACAGAGGGUGCUGAGCGAGUUCAGCCAGACCAAGAUGGCACAGACGUUUGAUCAAGAGGUGCAGAAGUUGGUGAAGAGUGAUGCACCGAGGCCUGCCGUUGCGCCGAGCUGGCUACUUGUGACGGUGGGGCUGGCAAUAUUUGCGGUCAUUGGAGGGGUGGCGAUGACGAGAUUGACGCUUUAUGCGUUGAGCCUGGAGGACGGCAAGAACAUCGCGUCUGCAGCAACCUCGAAAGUGGAGCUACGAUAG